AUGAACGGGAAGCCCGGUGCGCUAUCCCUCCAGCAUGACUCCACGGAUGACGCCUCCAGGCCAAAGACUAUUCUCCCACCAUUCUGCGUAGUGGCCACCCUCACUUGGGAGAUCGAGGCUAAUGUAAAGGAAACUCAGUGGGACGACCCCGACACUGGCAACGGACCCAGCGAUUGCCUGCAUGUGCCCGUCUCUGUCAGGUCUCUCAUUCUCCAAUGGGGGUACACAUACCAGUUCGCCUGCCACCUAGGGAGUGAUCAUACCCUGGCUGUCCUGAGAAAGCACUUUUGGUGGCCAUCCAUGGAGAGGGACAUUCUGGUGUCUUGGCAUGUUCCAUCUGUGCCCAGGUCUCCCUCAUCGAUCAUCUGCAAGUCUACUUCGUCCUCUACCUGUCCCUGGUCACACAUCGCCCGAGAUUUCGUCAAUCCCACCCCCACCAUCCCGCAGAAAAACACUGUCCUCACCGUGGCAGACCGAUUCUCUAAGGCGGUGCACAUUGUGGCCCUCCCUAAACUCCCUUCCUCAAGAAACCGCAUAUCCUCUCGUCCGCCUUGUCUUCCACCUCCACUGAAUCCCCGCGGACGUUGUCUCCGAUCGAGGUCCCCAGUUUAUCUCACAGGACUACCAGUUCUAGGUCAAGCAUUGCUCCUGGAUACUGACUCCAUGCUUGAGUCUCACUCACUGAUCUAUUACUACACUCUGAAUCAUGGGAAUGCUGAUCUACCUGAGUAUAGCAUUGUUGGUGUCCUGGAUGGCUGUGAGAUCCAGUACUAUGACAAAACUAUGGAAAUGACAGUCCCAAGACAAAGAUGGAUGGCAGCUGCAUUUGACAAGUCUUAUUGGGCAAACGAUACCAUGACUGAACAGGGUUUCCAUGGAAUCUUAAAGGGGCAGGCUACAGAAUGGCUGCAACAGCAUAACACAACUACAGGUUAUCACUACUUACAAGGGCAGUUUGGUUGUCAGCUGAACGAAAACAGUCCCAAUAUAGGGAUACUGAAGUUGGCUUAUGAUGGAAGAUACAUACUUAGCUUUGAUAAAGAGAAACUGGAGUGGAUUGUACAUGAUCCAGUAUUUCAGUCCUUCAAAAAGAAAUGGGAUAAAAAUGUGAAAAUGAACCAAUAUUUCAAGAGCUUUUUAGAAAAGGACUGUGUGCAACUAUGCAAGAACUAUUAUGCAGUUGGAAAAGCAUACCUGACCCGAAAAGUUGUUCCUGAGGUUUUUCUUGAUGCCCACAAGGGCAAUUACUGGUUUCUGAAAUGCAGCAUGUUUGGAUUUUAUCCGAUGGCCAUCAGUGUGAGCUGGUUCUAGAAUCGGCAACAUGUCUCUGAGACAAAAUCUACUGGAGUAUUACCAAAUGAAGAUGGAACAUAUCAACUGCGGUCUGUCCUUGAUUUUGAACCAUCUGAUGGCAAAGAGUAUUCCUGCCAUAUUAAUCAUAGCAGCAUGCCGGAUGGGAAGACAGUCAUCUGGGAAGACAGUGGGAAGAAAGGCAGACACAUCGGGCUGAUUACUGCAGUUGUAAUUAUAUUGCUGAUUGCUACCAUUGUAGGAAUUUAUUGCUGGAAAAAGAAGAGGUGCUGUUGA